AUGACACUGAAAAUCUCCCGUGUUCUCUAUGUGAGGAAAUCAAUAAGACCUGAUAGAGGAUUUAGAAAAGACAUGGACAUAUUACAAGUGGUAUGUGGACUUUGCGAUUGGACCGGACAACUACAAUUCUAUCAAAUACAUCUCGAACAAUGUCACAAACAAUACGCAUGUUCGUUUUGUAGUAGUAUAUUUGAUUCUCAACUGCUAUUGAACGAACAUGAAGAAAAUGCGUGUCUGAAGAGGCCAGUAUACUGUUGUCUAAAAGAAUUCGGGUGUAAAGAACAGAUGUUGCGCGGCGAAUUAAAAAUUCAUUAUCAAACCGAAGAGCAUAAUAGAAGUUUGACAGCAUGUGUGCGUAGAAUUCGAGAAAUGCAAUCGAGUGCAGAUGUCGAUAUGAAAAUGGAGACAUCGAGUUCAGCGUUCGGAACAUCGGCGAAAGCGUCUUCAACGACAGAGCUGAAUGAAAAUGACAAUACAACGGAGGAAAUUUUUAAAGUAUUGGAUCUUUUCUCUACUAAUGCUCGAACUGUAAGAGAAGAACUUCAACGUUUGGCUCGAGAAGAAGUGCAAAUGAGUCGAGCUGUUGAAGAGAUAGAAAAAACCUACUUAUCCAUCAAAACACCGACGGAAGAUUCAAAGAGCAUGUUAAGCGCGAUACAAACAAACUUGACCGUUCUUCGAGAAGAUUUAUUAAUGUUAAACACCAGAUUCGAAGAACAACAAGUAACUUCUAAUGAUGGUAUACUCAUCUGGAGAAUUACUGAAGUUAGUACUAAAUUCAAUGAUGCUCGGUCCGAACGACAAACAUCAAUCUACUCACCGCCAUUUCGAUCAUCACCAUCGGGGUAUCUUAUGAGGGCUCGGCUAUAUCUUUUCGGCGAUGGGAAUGCACGACGUACACAUAUUUCUCUAUUUUUUGUACUGUUACGUGGUCAACACGAUUCUAUCCUGUCAUAUCCGUUCAAUCCUAAAGUGACAUUUUGCCUCUACGAUCAAACUCCAGCGAAAAGUCAUAUUGUGGAAUCUUUUCGACCUGACCCAAAGUCGAACAGUUUUCAACGACCACGCUCGGAUAUGAACAUCGCAAGUGGAAUUCCCAGAUUCGCUCCUCUAAAAUGA